AUGGCUGAGGGUGAACUCGGCGUGGACUGGGGCGACGAUGACCCGGGCCUUGACGCUGAUGUGAGCCUUCUGGAGCCGGAGUCAAAGAGACAGAAGACUGGGCACAUUCCUGCAGAAGCUCCGAGAGCAAGCGAGGCAAAGAUUGAGCCUGGCCACGCGGCUGCGGAGCUACCGGAGGCAAAGUUGCCGGAUCGGGUCAAAGAGGCACUCAAUGGGGUUAGCAGUUUUGAGGAGUACAGGCGCAAGCGAGUUUUCAAAUACUUGCAUGUUUACUCAGGUCCUGAGGACGUGUUGGGCAAGGCAAUAAAAGCGGAGGCGACGAAGGAGCGCCGGGGCUGCGAGGUAACGUCCCUGGACAAGCUGGUGAACAAGGACCUGGACAUGACUGAUGUAAACCAGCAUCGUGAGCUUUGCCAGGAAGUGAGGGCUGGGGAAUACGAUGGGAUGCACGUGGUCGAAAACCCCUGGCCCCCGCCAGUGCGCUCCUUGGCAGAGAUCUAUGGACUCAGUUCGAACCCGAAAGAGCGACAGUCAGAGGCCGACAAGGGCACGAUCGGUGAUGACAAGUGCGGAACGGGAUGGGAACUACCUGAGUUAAAGCAGUCCCUGGAAAAGGUAGGCGCCAACAAGGUCCCCUUCAACACGUGCUCCUUCCAGCAGAAACUCAAGGUGCGACACUUCAAGCCGGCCAUGUGGGCAGGAAAGUUGGAGGGCCUUGCACCAUUGAGCAGAGUUUGUCGCUGUCCGGCAUGGAUCAUCCACGAGCCCCUCAUAGGCAAAUCCAAGACAGUCAAGGCGGGACGCUACCCUGAUGAGCUAUGCGAAGCGGUGGCAAAGCUUGUGGUGGCAGGUGAAAAGAACCAUCAAGCUGGAGUUUUGGAGACACCAGUUGAGCAGGCAGGAGAAAGCGGUAUCGGAACUUCAACACAAAUGGUUGUUGAACGAGGAGAAGAAGUUCGAUAA